AUGCCAGAUUCAGACAACUUCUCUUUGAGCGGCUUGCUGGAAGAGCUGGAGUUGGAGAUUGAAGACCGCGAGAAGUCGAAGCCCAAACAGAGCUCUGCCGCAGAGAAGCCGGCGGAUGAGGGACUCCAAGGACCGGAGGCCGAACGAGGCGUACAUGAUGAUUGGCAGUUCAUGGGCCUUCUGGAAGGUUUGGAAGGCUCCGCGCAGAACAACUCCAUGUCUCAGUUUCGUCCUAAGGACAAGAGUCAAGGAGUGAAGCGUGAAGCCAUUCAAGUUCCACGGCCAUGGUCUGUAGAAGGCUCCUUGGCGUUCACAAGCCUGGCCUCAGACGCGAACUCUGCGUACAGAAGCUACAUGGAGGACGGCUCCCUUGUGCUUCAACCGUUUGAACCAGGCAGCGGCAGUGACCGGUGGGGCUUCUUCGCGGUCUAUGAUGGUCAUGGAGGCCGGGAGGCUGUGGACUACUGCGAGAUGCGUUUGCACCAGCAGGUGGCGCUGGAGAUGAAGACCUCGACAGCUUCCGAUGCCUUGCGAACUGCCUUCCUUAAGAUAGAUAGCCAGCUUGGGAUGUAUGGUGCUUGGAACCAUGGCACAACUGCCACAGUUGUGCUAGUGCAGGGCAGCAAGACGGCGCGAAGCCUCUAUGUUGCCCACGUAGGGGAUUCGAGGGCCGUCCUGAUCGAGAACAUUGGCUGCCCUCGGAGCCUCACCAAGGACCACCGGCCCACUGACUCCGAGGAAGCCAAGCAGGUCACGGAUGGCGGUGGGAUCGUUUCAGGCGGGAGGGUUGGAGGCGAUCUGGCCAUCUCUCGAUCCUUGGGAGAUCACCGCCUCAAGGGCAAAGGGCUAAGUUGCAAUCCUGAUUUGUGCACUGCAAGCGUGGCUGCUGGGCACGUGCUGAUCGUUGCCACAGAUGGUUUGUGGGAUGUUGUGAGUGACGAGGAUGCCUGCAGGAUCGUCGAGAAGUCGGUGGAGCAAGCAGCAGAAGCUCACUCAAAAAGUCCAGCAGAGAUUGCAACCUGGCUUCAGAAUCGAACUUCCCAGGAGCUCGUGGACGAAGCCAAACGGCUUGGGUCCAGGGACAACAUCCUGGUGCUCACGCUUUUCUUCUGA